GCUGCCAUGACUCCGCGGGAACCUCUGCCCCAAAGGCACCCACCUGAGAGCGAUGGCUGCCGGAGGGCUGCUCCCCUGCGCCGCCGCCUCCUUCUCCUCCUCGCUUCCCGGGCCGGCUUCCGGGACCUCACCCUGAGGCAAGCUAGGGGGAGAAGGGAAAGAACAGGGAGAAGAUGAGGAGAGCCCGGGUGCGCCCAACCCCUUUCCCGCCCCUUCAUGGCGGCGCAGGGAGGGAGAAAAGGAAAGAAGCAGCCGCUCCGCAGCCUGCCUGACCGACGCUCAACUUUCCGGCCUUACAGCAAUACGGUCAAAUCCACCACCGCCUCCUCCUCCUCCGUCUCGCAGCCCCCACCCGCCGCCGGCAACAACCAGCGCUCACCUCCGCGAGGCGGCCGGCCCAGCCGCCAAGGAGAAGGAGACGCUGACGGAGGCGCAACUGCCGGCCCUGAGCGGUGUUUCCUCCCUCCGCCCCGCUCACCUGAGGGAGGCCGGCAGCAGCCAGGUGGGCGCGGGAAGAGCAAGGGCGCAGGGCGGCGGCCAGUAACGGAAGGCGCCGAGAAACCGCCUUUGCCAGCGGCCUCUCCCACCACCGCACCGGCCGCCAACCCUCACCCUACGCCGGUCCCCACGCAGCCGGUGCCGCGGCACCUUUAAGCGUGGCGUCAGACGGGAUCUGUAGUCCGAGCGCCUCCUCGCGGCAUGUCAUGGGAAACGUAAGGGUGGAUUCUCCCCCUUCCCUGACGCGUUCUGCCCGCCCCGCACGGUGCACGCCGGCACUCGCCGCUCAGACGCAGCGCGGCCCAGGCCCGGCGGACACCCCGACCGCUGGUUCCCCGGUGCAGGGAAGGGCCGCGGGCUCCACCGGCGCGGCGUGAGGGCACCCCCGUCCCGCGCUCCGCCUUUGCGCCUGGUCCCUCGCGCCUGCGCGGGAGGCGGCGCCGCGCGGUGAAGUUGGUCAAAGCGCCGGUGGUAAAAUGGACCAUCUGUAGUCAAGAUGUCACCAUCCAUAUGUGUACAAGAGAUAACAAGUAGACUGAAAGAUGGUCCCACAUUUGCUGCUUACUGUUCACUGAAUCAGGAUUCGUGUUGUCUUCCCUCCCCCCCCAACAUUUAAGAGACCAGUAAAUUUUGUGUAAUACCUGAUGACUUACCAAGUAAUGAGACAAAUUUAUCAGUUAAAUUAUUGGCCCAAAACCUGUGCUAAGUAUGGUUUAACAAAAAUGGGAUGUAUCAGAAUAUAAUAAAACCCAGAGUUUGAUUUAAGCUAUUUCCUCCUUCCAACUUCAUAUGAAGAAUGUUGAUCUAUGUUAAUGUUGGAUCUGCUCCCUACAAAAUCCCUGUUCCUGCCUCUUGAGUGUUCCAGAAGUUCAGUGGUGUUGUGUCAGUAUGGUUGCUGCAAUUAGCUGCCAUUAAGUGAAGCAUCGUAUUGGUUCCUGUAUACCACUGUUGUUUAAUGUAUUAAUAGUAUAAACAUCUUUUCAGCAUUAAAGUUUUAGAUCAUGGUUACAGUGACUUUAUAGUCUCAUCAUAACAUUCAGCAAAUCCCUGACAUGUCUGCUUUAUCUGUUUUCUUUUUGCCUAAUGUCUUCUGUUGGCAGUGUUUUCUAACGCAAAAGUGUAAGAAAUGGUUCUGCCUUUUUUAGCUGAUCAUGUGAAAUGAUUAAACUUUGUAUUGUUCAUUGUUGCUAGGAAAAUAUUAGGAAAACUGCUGAGUAGUUUUUCUCUGUGUAUGAAGGAGUUACACAGAAUCUGAGAAUCUCUUAAGUUGUGCCUUUAUAAUCUCAUUUGUAUAACUACUAGGCAUAUUUUUCAGAGGGUAACUAUACUGUUGCAUGGUGAAACUCGUGUUUACCACUGUUUCAGAACAGAAAAACUUCUGCAUGUGUGAGCAAUAAAGCAGAAAUAUGAAUUUAUUACUGCCAAAUAUGUGCUGCUAAAAAUGUAUAUAUAGAUGCUGUCAUUUCAGUUUUCAGAAGAAAAUGCUGUCUUUUUAACUGCAGAAGAACAAGGCUUUGUCUUCCUGUAAUUCUGAAGUGAAAGUUGUCAUCAACAAGAAAACUAAAACCUUUUAAAGAUAGGCCGUAGUAGUAGAAUGCUGAAACAAACUUCUGGAUUAGCUUCAUUGGCUUUCCUGCUUCUUUUGCAUCCCAAAGCAUAAGCUUAAAACGUCUCAGAAGGACAAGGUCCGCCAGUUUAUGGCAUUUACCCAGGCUGGUGAAAGGACUGCUAUUUACUGCUUAAUGCAGAAUGAAUGGAAACUAGAAGUGGCAACAGACAACUACUUCCAGAACCCAGACUUGUACUACAAAGAAUCCAUGAAAAAUUCAGUAGACAAGAAGAAAUUAGAACAAUUGUAUAAUCGAUACAAAGACCCACAAGAUGAAAAUAAAAUUGGCAUUGAUGGAAUUCAGCAGUUCUGUGAUGAUUUAAGCCUGGACCCAGCCAGUAUCAGUGUCCUAGUUGUAGCAUGGAAGUUCAGGGCAGCUACUCAGUGUGAAUUCAGUAAAAAGGAAUUUGUUGAUGGGAUGACAGAGUUGGGGUGUGACACCACAGAAAAGCUAAAAGCUCUAUUGCCAAGACUGGAACAAGAGCUAAAGGAUCCAAUAAAGUUCAAAGAUUUUUAUCAGUUUACUUUUAACUUUGCUAAGAACCCUGGACAAAAAGGUCUAGAUCUAGAAAUGGCAAUUGCAUAUUGGAAUUUGGUAUUGUCAGGAAGAUUUAAAUUUCUAGAUCUUUGGAAUAAAUUUUUGUUGGAACAUCAUAAAAGAUCAAUUCCAAAAGAUACUUGGAAUCUUCUGUUAGACUUUGGAAAUAUGAUUGCAGAUGAUAUGUCCAACUAUGAUGAAGAAGGAGCGUGGCCUGUUCUUAUAGAUGAUUUUGUGGAAUACGCACGACCAGUAGUCACAGGAGGAAAACGUAAAACUUCCUAACACCAGGCUUGUCAAUAUGGACUUAAACCUGCGUUCUGAACUGCAUUAGGUAAUGAAGAUCUGAUAGCUGAUAACUAUGCACAUUGUUGCUGGUUUCAGUGCUUGUGAUGAGAUUCUGCAGACAAAACAGAAAUUCUUCCUUUCUGCCUAAAGAAAAUGAUGGCUGACUCGUGGACACUUGAACAAACUCAGAAGAUAGUCCAGGCUGUUUGUGGGCUACUGGCUUCAAUUAUUGUACUGGUUGUAUCAUAUAGGAUGUAGAUUUUGCAUGAUUUUUUACUUCGGAGAAACUUAACUAGAGGCAAUUUUAUUAAAGUUUUGACAGCACAGCAUGCCAUUCAGUUCAUGAUCCAGAGUGAACACCAGCAGUUACAUAAAUAAGACUGUAUUAUAUUGUACUUAUAUUAAAAGCAGUAUUUGUGAUAUAUAAAUUAAAUCCCUAAAUAAAA